AUGACAAAAGAAAAGAGACGCCAGAUAAUUGCUCAAGGUUUCGAAGUGACAGUGGUUCCGCCAUCUAGACUUCUUACCCUUCUUGGACAAGCCUUGAAAUGGCAACAACAUCAAGGAUUGUUGCCCCCAGAUACUGCCUUCGACCUUUUUCGUGGAUCUGCACCAACCACGAAGGCAGAAGAUGAUGCAGUUCCUACAAAAUGCUACGCUACAAUUAAGUCCACAACAUUUUCACCUGAUGGACAGUAUUUAGUGACAGGUAAUAUGGAUGGAUUCAUUGAAAUAUGGAAUUUUUUAACUGGCAAACUUCGUAAAGAUCUUAAAUAUCAAGUGGAGGAUAAUCCUAUGCUGAUGGAAGACCCAGUACUGUGCCUUAGUUUUAGUAGAGAUAGUGAAAUGCUGGUUUCUGGUGCACAAGAUGGGAGUCAAUGUACUCGGCGCUUUUCUCCUGCACAUAGUCAAGGUGUUACGUCUGUGUGUUUUAACCGUGAUGGUAGUCAGGGAGCCACCGCAACUAUUUCAGGUGGAAUAACGGUUAAUUGUGCUGUUCAAAUGCCAAAGAAUAUGGAUCAAAUAAUUGUUUGUAAUAAAAGCCCUACAAUUUACUUAGUAACUAUGAGAGGACAGGGCGAUUUCAUUUAUUGUGCAGCAGAAGAUUCAAAUUUAUAUUGUUUUAAUGUUCAAACUGGAAAAGCAACAGCUUUAAAGGUAAGUUUAUGUUUUACAAGUAAGAAAAAAUGA